GACAGUCUCCCGCACACUCACCCGCAGCUAGCUAGCUCACACAUCUCUAAUCUCAUGGUGCUCCAGCCCGCACAGCAAGUAACAACCCUGUCCCACCCGCCUCACUGCAGCGCGCGCUCGUCUGCGCUCAUGGACACCAGCCCCGCGCCUCCCCUCCUCCUCCGCCCUUCCGCCCCAUGCAUUGACCCAUCCGCGGCCAAGGCCGUCAUCAGCAAGAACGGUGGCGCGGCCGCCUCGGUGUACGACCUCCGUCGGGAGCCGAAUAUCCCGGCCCCAUUCGUGUGGCCGCACGCCGAGGCGUGCCCGACCACGGCGGAGGAGUUGGGCGUGCCGGUGGUCGACGUGAGCGUGCUGCGCAAUGGCGACGCCGCGGGGCUUCGCCGCGCCGUGGCGCAGGUGGCUUCCGCGUGCGCCACGCACGGGUUCUUCCAGGUGUCCGGCCACGGCGUGGACGAGGCCCUGGCGCGCGCGGCGCUGGAGAGCGCGAACGGCUUCUUCCGGCUGCCGCUGGCCGAGAAGCAGCGCGCGCGCCGCGUGCCCGGGACUGUCUCCGGGUACACGAGCGCGCACGCGGACAGGUUCUCCUCCAAGCUCCCCUGGAAGGAGACCCUCUCCUUCGGCUUCCAGGACACCGGCGCGGCGCCCGUCGUCGUGGACUACUUCACCAGCACCCUCGGCGAGGACUUCGAGCCAAUGGGGAGGGUGUACCAGGAGUACUGCGAGAAGAUGAAGGAACUCUCACUGACGAUCAUGGAGCUUCUGGAGCUGAGCCUGGGCGUGGAGAAGCGCGGGUACUACCGGGAGUUCUUCGCGGACAGCAGCUCCAUCAUGCGGUGCAACUACUACCCGCCGUGCCCGGAGCCGGAGCGCACGCUGGGGACAGGUCCGCACUGCGACCCCACGGCGCUCACCAUCCUCCUCCAGGACGACGUGGGCGGGCUGGAGGUCCUCGUCGACGGCGACUGGCGCCCCGUCCGGCCCGUCCAUGGGGCCAUGGUCAUCAACAUCGGCGACACCUUCAUGGCUCUGUCGAACGGGCGGUACAAGAGCUGCCUUCACCGGGCGGUGGUGAACCAGCGCCAGGAGCGGCGGUCCCUGGCGUUCUUCCUCUGCCCGCGUGCCGACCGCGUCGUGCGCCCGCCGCCGGCCAUCGCCGCCGCCGCCUCACCGCGCCGGUACCCGGACUUCACAUGGGCCGACUUCAUGCGCUUCACGCAGCGCCACUACCGCGCCGACACGCGCACACUCGACGCCUUCACCCAGUGGCUCACCCCGCCGACGCCGGCCCAAGCAACGGCCCAGGAGGCGGCCUAACCCGAUCCACGAAUUCGUCUUCGUCUCCGGAUCGCGACGCCAAAUUUUGUCGGGCCCGGCCACGUGCGCUCCCAGGUGCGGCAGGGCCCCAGCGGAGUCGCGCCCACGUGGCUCGCCGGGCCCACACCACCUUCCAUUUUUGGCUGGCUGCCUGGCGCUCUACUAGUCCCCUCUUCUCUGUCGCCACUCGCCCACCUCCUCACCUAGUGUACAUACCAUGGAAAUCAUGGGUAUAUAUAUAUAUAUAUAUAAACGAAUGAAUUUCCUGCA